GGUACUGUUCACGGGUACUGUUCAUAGGCACUGUUCACACACCGAGGGUCAACUAUUAACGGGGAUUUAAAGGUUUAGUUUGUGAUAUAAGAAUGAAUUUGGAGAUGUCCGGUUAUGUGGAGAUUGAUAGAAAUAGCACUGUGAUUAGGGAUAGUGCUAAAGAUGAUUUCACUGUGAAUUUGUGGUGGUAUGGUUAUUAAUUGUGGAAUAUUAUGAUUAGGUUUUGAUCGUUCUAUCACCGUAGCACUUGGGUUAGCCUUCUGUUCUGUGCGAGUGAGGAUGUGAAAUCAAGGACGGGGAAACCACGGGAAGUGACGAGUUAGAAAGCUAGCCAUUUCGAGAUUGAUAUAGAUUCUAGAAAUCAUGAUCUUGUAAGCUAGAGUGUACUUGGAGAUUUUAUGAUAUUAGAGUAAAUUUUAAAGAUUUGAUCUUCAGAUUUUGAUGGUAUCAGAUGUGAUAUGAUAAGUUCUGAGCCUUGUGCACUUGUGGGACCCGUCUCACGAGUGUACGGCGUCUGUUGCGCCUCGAAUUUGGGUUUUGGGGCGUGACACUUCCUAUAAUACCAUGCCUUCCUUGAUCCUUUUGUUAUUACACACAAUAUUGUUGUCAGAUAUUGAUCGUUUUGGUGAUGUACCGCCAAGGUUGACCAGCUGUAGCAUUGCUCUUCUUCUUCUUUUGCGCCUCGUUCCUGUCACCAGCAUCGGUGUUUCUGCUCUUGUUUCUUCUUGUAUCCUGGGGCUUUUGAUGGGGCUUUUAAAAGUUUUAAGCCCACACCUCUCCUGAUGGUUCGAUUCACUUUUUCCUUUGGCCGAAUGGGCCUUGUUUUUGCUAGCAAGUGGGCUUUUGGAUUGGGUUGUUUCUUAGACAACCCCUUCGUUUGAUGGUGGAAUUCUGCUGAAGCUAGUAUGGCUCCCAUUUGCACGCUCCUCUCUUUGUUUUCCUUGAAUAUGAUUAGACAGAACGUCAUCAUUUUCUUUGCAUUCCUCAAGAAAUGUCUUUGAGACAC